ACGGGAGAGGCGCCUGCGCAGUUCCCCCGGGCCGCUCCUCGCCUGCUGUUUGAAAAUUCAGCGGAGAGAAGUGUGCGUCCGGUUAGAGCGUGGUCUCCUAAGUGAGCUUCAGGCUACGCGAGACUUUGACAGGUGGCAUCUCUUAGCGGAAGAGGCUGAGCGUCCCUGAAGCAUAACUUCAGAGCCAGACACACUUCAGGCUCAGUGAGAUUCACACAGACAGCGCACAGUGGACUGUGUUUCCACAGCCGUCCCUGUCACGGAUGGAAAAGCCAAGGCCUAGAGAAAGGCAACAGCUACUAUUGAGCCAAUACCUCGCGCCCAGGGGCGUGGCGGUCGCACCUGCGCGAGUUGGGUGAAGGAGGAGGAGCGAGGUGACGCAGGCGUAAUAAUAGAGAAGGUGCCAGAAAGAUCCAAAACAAGUGGCUGCGGCCGUCGCCCAGGAGUCAUCGGACGCCGGAAUCUGGCCCUGGUUCUGAGCUUGUUCCGCACCCCUCCCCUGGGAAUGGCGUUGUCCGGGUCGACCCCGGCCCCGAGCUGGGAGGAGGAUGAGUGUUUGGAUUACUACGGCAUGCUGUCGCUUCACCGUAUGUUCGAGGUGGUGGGCGGGCAGCUGACCGAGUGCGAACUGGAGCUCCUGGCCUUCCUGCUGGAUGAGGCUCCCGGCGCCCCCGGAGGCCUGGCCCGUGCCCGCAGCGGCCUGGAGCUGCUUCUGGAGCUGGAACGCCGUGGGCAGUGCGACGAGAGCAACCUGCGGCUGCUGAGCCAACUCCUGCGCGUGCUGGCCCGCCACGACCUACUGCCACAUCUGGCCCGCAAGAGGCGCCGGCCAGGGUUGAGGCCCUUGAUCCUUGGACAGAAAGGGAAGAGCCGGGAGGGGUCAUGUACCAGGAAGCCUGUGUACAUAGUAUCUCCCGAGCGAUACAGUUACGGCAGUCCUGGCUCUUCUUCCAAAAGGACAGAGGGCAGUUGCCGGCGUCGGCAACAGUCAGGUAGUUCUUCUGAUUCCCAGCAGAGUCAGUGGGACACAGGUUCCCCUCCCACCAAACGGCAGCGGCGGAGUCGGGGACGCCCUAGCAGUGGUGCCAGGCGGCGGCAGAGAGCAGGCCCAGCAACCAUGCAGCAGCAGCACCAGAAGCUGGGCAGGCCCUCAUCAGAAGGCAAAGUGACCUGUGACAUCCGGCUCCGGGUUCGAGCAGAGUACUGUGAGCAUGGGCCAGCCUUGGAGCAGGGCGUAGCGUCCCGGAGACCUCAGGCAUUAGCCCGACAGCUGGAUGUGUUCGGACAAGCCACUGCUGUGCUGCGGUCAAGGGACCUGGGCUCUGUGGUUUGUGACAUCAAAUUCUCAGAACUCUCUUACCUGGAUGCCUUCUGGGGUGAUUAUCUGAGUGGUGCCCUGCUUCAGGCCCUUCGGGGUGUCUUUCUGACUGAGGCCUUGCGGGAGGCCGUGGGCCGGGAGGCUGUCCGCUUGCUGGUCAGUGUGGACGAGGCUGACUACGAGGCUGGUCGGCGCCGCCUGUUGCUGAUGGAGGAGGACGGGGGACGACGUGGGACAGAGGCUUCCUGAUCCUGGAGCUGACAGGACUGACCCCACCUCCAAGUCUCGGGGCAACCUUCUUCCCUGGAAGAUGACUAUGUUGCCCCCAGAUGACCAUCACUUUAGCAACUCUGAGGACUGUGUCAGGUCUGCAAGUUCCUUAACCGCCUCUCCUAUAGGAUGUAGGCUUUGAGGCAUAAACCACUUCUAGCUGCUUCCUUCCCAGUUUUCCCCCACUCCAAGUGGAUUCCCUCAACUUUGGGUGCCAGGUUUGCUGAGCCCUAAAGCAGGGAGGUGUAGCCACAGUCACCAAAGCCCCCUGCACAUCGUGUCUCUCAGCUUGGGCUGAUGCUGGCUGGCUCCACACACUUUAGCCUAAGGGCUUCUCUCUCAGGAUCUCAGAUUUUAUUGUCCCCAUCAGGACUUCAGCCACAGCAGUGGGCUCUGGAGCUGGGGUGCCCAUGGGGCCUGCUCACCUUGCCCCUUCACUCAUGUAACCAGCCAGGGCUUUGUGUGGUGUACGCACAGACAUCAUCCACCUCUCAUCCCCUUCCCCUGCUCCCUGGAGCUAGAGACAGCCUUGCCCUUGGACUCUUUGACCCAGAGCAUCACGUGGGUUUUGUGGCCACAGCCGUUCGAGGUCAGUGUUGUGUACAGAGCUCAGGCCAGAACUAGCAACUCUCUCAUGAAGGGACGUCAAAGACUUGGGGCUGGUGGAAGAUGUUUUACAAAUUGCGCCAAUAAAACUGCCCCGGAAAGGGCAUAGGUGGGCAUCAA